UCGUCUAAAACUAACUGGUCAAAGCUGCGCAAGAAAGAAGAGAGAGGCUGAGGCUGAGGGAGACGAAGAAGAAGAGAUUGAUUGAUCGGGGUAAGAUGCAAGGAAAAUGUGGAAGGAGAUCGGGGACAGAGAAUUUGGCAAGAUCACCACUCGUUUUCUCUCCAAUCGCAUUCGCUCCAAUCGAAUCCCCUCUCUUACACUCUCCAACCGCAAAGAAAUCAUCUCUCCUCAUCGCGGCUCCAUCAACUCCCUUCAGGUUGAUUUGACAGAGGGGCGAUAUUUACUGUCUGGUGCAGCAGAUGCAUCGGUUGCUGUUUACGACAUUCAGCAUGCAUCAUCAGAGCACAAUGGCAGUGGUUGGAUUGCAAAGCAUAGUCCAUCCUUUGUGGUGGAUAAGAGACAUGAGAACGGGCAUAAGUAUGCGAUAUCCUCGGCCAUAUGGUAUCCCGUUGACACGGGUCUCUUUAUAACGGGUUCUUACGAUCAUCAUGUCAAUGUUUGGGAUACAAACACUAUUCAGGUUAUAACGAACUUUAAAAUGCCUGGAAAAGUUUAUAGGACUGCCAUGUCUUCCCUGGCAACUUCCCAUAUGUUAAUUGCUACUGGAACAGAGGAUGUUCAAGUUCGCCUCUGUGAUAUUGCUUCCGGGGCAUUUUCUCACACACUAUCUGGUCAUCGAGAUGGUGUGAUGUCGGUGGAGUGGUCUACCUCAAGUGAGUGGGUUUUAAUAACUGGUGGAUGUGAUGGUGCAAUACGUUUUUGGGACAUUAGACGGGCUGGAUGCUUUCAAGUGCUAAAUCAGUCACAUACUCAGUUUGGACGAAGACCACCUAUUGUUAAACAAGUGUCAGUAAAUAAGGCGUCAACUUCGAAAUCCUCACCAGGAAGCCAGAGUUCUGUAAAAGUACGGACACCAUUGAAAAAGGCGGCUAAUGGAAACGGCUCAAAGCAUCCGAUUAUUGGUAGAAUUCAUAAUCAUCAGGCUAAAGGAUCAUCAGUUAAUAAGAGACUGCAUCCAGGGAUGUUGAGUAGUCAAGAUCGGGCUACUGCUCAUUAUGGCGCUGUUACUGGAUUGAAUGUAACCAAAGAUGGCAUGUACCUUCUAAGUGCAGGAUCGGAUUCAAGGUUGAGGUUAUGGGACAUUGAAUCAGGCAACAACACACUUGUAAACUACGAGACUACUCGGCUACAGAGCAGUAAGUCUGUGCAGCUAGCGACAUCUCAGAACUCUGCCUUUGUUUUUGUUCCAUGCAUGUCCUCUGUCAAAAUGUUUGAUAUAUGGUCGGGUAAAACAAAUCUGAUGCUCCGGGAUCAUUAUGAUCACGUAAAUUGUUGUUUGCUAACCUCAGAUGAUCAGGAACUAUACACGGGUGGUAAUGACAGGCAAAUUCUCGUCUGGACUCCAGCUGACAUGAAUUCAGUCGAACCGGUUGAAUUGAGAGAGAACAUCGGAGGACAGCUUCCUUUACCCGACGAGGAUAAUUGGAGCGAUUAAUUCUCAGGCGGUUUGUAUAUUUGAUUGUCUCCUUUUUGUCUUUGUUUGAAAUUAGGCUAAAGAUUUUCAGAUUGUAGAAUGUGUAUAUUAUUACCAACUCAGUUUGCAAUUUUUCUUUGGAAUUAAUCCCCCUUUUUUUUCAGGAAAAUAUUCAUU